GGAUUUUAUACGGAUUCCUCACAUCCUUACUGUAUUACUACUAAAUGUACAGGUAAACUCGUGCCAGUGAAAUCUAGCAGGUAUCUCGGUACUGCGUCUACUAUCAUUUGUACAGGUAUAGAGCUAUUUUCAUGUGCGUGUGUUUGUUGGGAAUAGCAAAUAGAUAACAGCUUAGAUCCAGGGAAGGGGAGAAGCGGCGGCCAAGCAAUGGCGACGAAACAGAAGCCAGUGACGAAAAAUGCCAGUGAUCUCGAGUCUGGGACAGGGGAUUACGUGGAACUGAUGUGGGAUUACCUUCAUGACCACGAAGACCUGCACAACUUCACUACCUGUCUGAUCUCAUUCAUCGUCACUAUUAUCGUCACAAGAACAUCUAAGAGAAUCGUGCGUGCAGCACUACCGCAAUCCGCUCAGGAACACGCCAUCGAUUUCAUAGCGUCUUUUCAGGAAUGCGUUUACACCUGGGAGGCCUGUGUUUUGCUCAGUUUCUAUGGAGACGUCGCUUUUGGUCUAGCCCUCUUGGCAGCAGAACUUUUCGACUGGUGGACUCAGUCUGAGGGUGAAUGUAAUCCCUGCGGCAAAUUCGCCCUUUUCGUUAACAAGGAACAAGGUUUGGGGUCCACCCUUGUGGCAAUGGCGUUGCAGAUGCUUGCCGGACCGGUCAGUUAUUGGUUUUCUAUGGGAUUGUGGAGCUUUCAGUUAUGCCCAACACACGCUGACCGUUGGUCCAAAUUCGCCUGUGCUUCGGAUCUGACUGUGGACAUCCCACUAGGGACUGUGAUUGAAAUGGCCUGCGCGAUUGCCAGUAUCUGGCUGGCUCUCAACGCCCUCCCCUUCCUUGGGAAACUAGAGGAUCCCAUAAAGGUGACGCUGAACGUGUUGCUGGUCAUGAUUUGUCUUCAUUUCACCGGCGGUUACUUCAAUCCGGCAAAUGCAUCCGCGCAGGGAUUCGGGUGUCCGGGGAAUACGAAGCUGGAGCACAUUAUUGUCUAUUGGCUUGGGCCUCUGAUGGGCACCGUUUUAGCAGUCGUCUUAACGAAUCAUUUCAAGAAAACCGAGAAGAAAAAGGAGGAGUGAAACUUUAAUCAAACUUUUUAAGUUUAACGUUCUUAACCUAAAAAGUGCAGUAUAACUGAAUGGAGAAAUGGUCCCCCUUCGCGUCGCGCUAAAUAUACUGCUGUAUUUCGUGGUGUAUGAACUCAGACGCCUCGUCAUCGUUGUCGUCCUACGAUUAUGUAUUGUUAUUCUACGAACAUGUGCCAAAGUUUGCCAUGCACUUCUCUCUCGAGGUUUUAUAUUUUACUUAUAUAUUUUACAAUUUUCACCUGUGCAUUGUGCUGUGUUUAUAAUAUCUUAUAUUUUCAUUUUACUUUUGUCCCGGGUGUUGAGGUUACUCGAUUGGCCUUAAUGAAUCCAGUGUGUAAAACUUUUUCAAACAUCUACAUUAGGCCUACAUCCAAACUAUGGAAUAAAUUUAUAUGAAUGAUAGAAUGUGUAAGGAAUGUCUGAACAGUUUUUAAGUAAUUUGCUUAAGUGCAAAGCAAGUGACCAUACCAAUAACCAUAAGCAGGCGAUGGUAAAUAAUCAAGCGUCAAAACUCCUGUAUUCAAAAUAACAGAACUUUUGAUUUGAUGCUUCAAAAGAAUAAACA